GGGUGUGUUUCUCCUUACAAAACGCUGCAACUAAACACUGGAAUUUAAAUUAGGACUAACACGAAUCUAAACCAGGACUAAAUCAGGUCUAGAACUGCGCCAAAUCAAAGCUGCACAGGGACUCAAGCUGAUCCAAACCAGGACCAAACCCUGAGCGCACGACGUAACGCGGAAACAGUUUGAGUCCUGGACAGUGCAGGUUAAAGUCUCACUCUGCAACAUGGCAAUCCUAAGCGUGCUGUCAGCCUGGAUUCCUCUGGUUCUCCCUCUGUUUCUGUGUGUUUUUUUCGUUGCGUUUCUCGGAUAUUGUCUUUACAUCAAAUACGUGCAUCUCAAAUAUGACCACAUCCCGGGACCACCGCGAAAGAGUUUUAUCUUGGGACAUUCUCCAAUUUUGGUGGAGGUGAUGAGAAAAGAUGGAGUUGUUCAUGACACGUUUCUUGAAUGGGCAGAGACAUAUGGUCCAGUGUACAGGAUCAAUAUUCUGCAUUAUGUGAUGAUUGGUGUUUACUGUCCAGAGGCUACAAAGGAAAUUCUCAUGUCCCCAAAAUACCCCAAAGAUAAAUUCCUCUACAAGCGUCUGUUCAACCUGUUCGGUCAAAGGUUUUUAGGUAAUGGCCUGGUGACAGCACUGGACCAUGAGCAGUGGUACAAACAGAGACGCAUCAUGGACCCAGCCUUCAGCAGCCUAUACCUGAGAGGCCUGACGAGCACCUUCAAUGAGAGAGCAGACAAACUGAUGGACAAACUGUCUGAGGAGGCUGAGAACAAAACUGUGGCCAGUAUGCUCCAUCUGUUCAACUGUGUUGCUCUGGACAUUAUUGCAAAGGUGGCGUUCGGUGUUGACUUGGAUCUGCUCAAAUACACUUCACCGUUCCCCAAAGCCAUCGAGAUGUGUCUAAAAGGAAUGUGUCACUAUAUCCGAGAUACUACCUUCGAGUUCAAACCUCAGAACUGGUCUUUUAUUAAUGAAGUGAGGGAAGCCAGUCAUCUGCUGCGUUCGACCGGAGCUCAGUGGAUCAAUCAGAGGAAGACUGCCAUGCAAAAUGGAGAGGACGUGCCCAAAGACAUUCUCACACAAAUCAUCAAAUCAGCUGGACAAGAGGAAAGCAUGACCAAAGAGGAUGAAGAGUUUAUGUUGGACAACUUUGUGACCUUCUUUAUCGCAGGCCAGGAGACCACCGCCAAUCAACUCUCUUUUUGUGUCAUGGAACUGGGAAGACACCCCGAUAUUUUAGAGAAAGCAAGAAAAGAAGUUGAUGAAGUCAUUGGAAUGAAAAGAGAAAUAAGCUACGAUGACCUGGGAAACCUGACGUAUCUAUCACAGGUGCUGAAAGAGACCCUCAGACUUUACCCCACCGCUCCUGGGACGUCCCGUGAUCUGAUUAGAGACAUGGUGAUUGAGGGUGUCCAUAUACCAAAAGGAGUGACCUGUAUGUUCAACAGCUACACUUCUUGUCGGAUGGAGAAAUUCUUCAAGGAUCCACUGAAGUUUGACCCAGACAGAUUUCACCCCGAUGCUCCUAAGCCUUACUACUGCUACUACCCCUUUGCACUCGGCCCUCGCUCAUGUCUUGGCCAAAACUUUGCUCAGUUGGAGGCGAAGGUGGUGAUGGCUAAACUCCUCCAGAGGUUUGAUUUCACUCUUGUCCCAGGACAGAGUUUCGACAUAAAGGACACAGGGACACUCAGGCCAAAGAGUGGAGUCCCCUGCACCAUUAAACAUCGACACACCAAGUGAAUAGAAUAGAACUACAAUUUUUUACAAGCCCAAACAAGCCCAGAACCACAAUGUGAUGUAAGUUGUUCUGCUCUGAAUGUAAUGACUUUUAGUGUUGCUGUGUUUUAGUGCCUUUCGUUUUCCUUCUGUUUGUGUUGUAUGUUGUUUCUUUUUAUCAAUACACAAUGUAAACUAACUAUUGUCAUUUUAAAAAACUGUUGUAUUGUUUUAAAGGUGCACUGUGUAACUUUUCUAGUGGAGAAUCUGCCAUCAGCUUGUCCUCGUGAAGAUGUUAUUGCUUUGCCUUAAAUAACAAAAGACAAAGUUUAAUGUUCAGUAUCACAGUGUUACAUAUUUCUGUAUUCUGUCCAUAGAUCUCGAACUUGGCCUGGUUGUGUCACCAGCUUGUUUUCAUGGACAUACAGAAAGUUUAAUGUCAUACUGUGGAAUAUUCCAGGCAAAUAGACAACAUCUCCAAGGAGAAAAGCAGAUGACUGACCCACCACUGAAACAAAGCUAUGUAAUGUAAUGUAAUGUGCUGACCAACUCAGACACACUUUGGACAACGUGGGGUUACAUGUUUGGACUGGUCUGGUCUGAAUCACGUCCAUAAACCUAAAAUAAGUGAAAUAACUGAAGAAAAUGAUCAUCUAUUCCAGAGGUCUGCAACUUUUUACAGCAAAACAGACACAUUGACCCACUUCAAAACAAAUGAAAGUCCAAAAGAGCCUUAACUUUUUAUAUAUAACAAGACGAAGUCAUUCAUAGAUUAAUUUAAAAGAACUAAAUCAACUGUUUAGCAGCUAUUAAUACAAUAAAUAAUAUAUAACAGUUUGUAUUUAUGUGAACUCUGUUGACUUAUUUGAAGUGUUUUUAUGGGACUGGGAGUUUUUAGCAAAUUAUAUGAAAUUUCCUGGAUUCUGCUGCAUUUUAUGUGUAAUAUUUACUCUACAAAAAUGAUGAUUGUUCUUUACGAUUUUAUGUAUGGGAUUUGCUCAGACGAAUAGUAAAAAAAUACAGCUUAAAUCAGGGGUGUCCAAACGUUUUAGACCAAGGGCUGCGGAAACAUGUUUGAAGCGUAAACCCACAGACCAGUAUCGAUACAGGGAGUCAAACGGUGCAUUUAACACAGGUUGGACAAAGCAACUGUACCUUUAAUAAGACUUGGAAGAUUAUUUUUAGGUCUGUGUCACAAUACAGUGCGAUGUUAUUCAGGUUAUAGAGGUAGAAUCGCUUCAGUUUGUAGUAAAAAAAAUACUUUCUGAUCAAUUGGGCCAGUUUUGGAGGAGGCAUGAGGGCCAACCAAAAUUGAUCUGAGAGCCGCAUUUGGUCCUUGGGCCGUAGUUUGGACAGCCCUGGUCUAAAUAAAUACAAAUCAUCUCAAUAGAACGAAUAACUCUUUGGUAUACCCCAAAUUAUGUCAAAUACAAACUUAAUAAAUACAGGUAAAAAGU